UAUUGUUCUAUAACAGGAGAAUUGGUUAGUGUUUUAAAAGGAUGGAAGUUUGGAGAUUUUGAACUCUCUGAUGGACUUUGGAAUGCCUAUGCAGAAAUAACAGGUGCACCACUCCAAAGGAACAAUUAUACCCCACCACCAACCUAUGAAACGGCCAUGCUAACUACCCCUACCAAACCAAAUGAUUCCAGAAGACCUGAUGAAGAUUAUCACCAACACCACCAAAACAGGGAGUAUGGCUACAUGGAAUGUUCAGAAGUACCAAAUACAACUACUGCUGUUGUUCAUCCAAGCCACUCUGUCGAUGUUUAUGAACAGGACAUGCAUGAGAGAACACUCCCCAGCUACAGUAACAUGAGAAUCCCAACAAAGAAAGUGAUAAAACCAUUGGAAGAUUUAGAUCAAUAUAGAGAAUAUACUAACUCACAUUCAAACGAUGAUGAGGGAACGUACAACUAUGGUUAUUCUUACACACCUCAAAAAUAUUCUCCUGAUUCACAGCAUGAACUUGCUGCCCAGGAACUUGGUUCAAAUUUAAACGAGCCAGCAAAUACCAGACAAGAUGAGAGAAACUCCACUCCAGGCUUUGAUCUCAAGCGGAGGUGUAUCAGUAUGAGUCCCACAAAGUUCCUAUCAAAUCCCAGUUAUACUAAAUUAGAGUGAUGCUCCACAGGCAAGUUGUACUCUCACUUCAGAUGGACCCUUGAUUCACUAUUCCUAAUCUAGACACCUUUGCAAAAAGCCUUUUGUCUUUUGAAAUAGCAGAUAGUUUGCACUGAGCAAUAACGGUAAAGAUAUUACCUGUGGCACUGAAUUGAACCUAGUGAUUGAGAUUCUUGCUUUGGUACUUUGAGUUUCUGAGUUCACCAACAUCAACACAGCCCAUCUUCCCUAAGGGUUUAAGAAAUAAAUGUCUGUAAUUAAAAGGGUAUUUUACUGGUUAAUGAAAACAAUCUUGUAUUUAUUAAUUAAAAAUUUAAGAUAAUUUACUUUUAUUAAUAAGUAAUUAAACAGCCAUUGUAGUUAUUACUUGAA